UACCCGCCCUGGAGAGAUACAAUUUAUAGGCAUGUAAAAUUACAAAAUUGGACACGAUAUGGAGAAAGUACACAUUCAAGCCUAAAACCAGAACUCAGAUCACCCAAUGAACAUGAACCCUUUACAUUCCAGGGCAAAGGAAAUCCUCUUAAAAGAGAAUGAUUUAAUUUCUUCCCACGUGAUUUGGGGGUAGCCACCAGCUCAGAUGGCUUCAAAGGAAACAUUUCCGGAGGAGAGGUCAACAGAUAUGCCGAAUACCAAAAUGGAACCUCCAUGUCCAGAGGCAGUCACAGUCUGAACCGUUAAGGCUGAGGCUUCCGUGCAGGGAUGACACCCCUUUGCAUUCUCCUUCCGCAGUGGCAACGGAGGCUGAGCGUGGCAGAAUCCUCCACUUUAUCCCCUUUUGCCCAUCAGUGCCCUCCCCCAGCCACCACAGCAAUCUUUGCCUUUUUAAAAGUAGAUAGUAGCUUUACUGCUGUCAUGUAAUAAAGUUAAACUGAUGCAUUUGCUGGAUGCUCUGCUGUAAGAUGUUCUUAAGGCCUCUGGCAGAAACCAGACAGACCUUUGCUCUGUUCUGGCAAUGUUGUCCUUGCAUUCUUAGGAUGUUUACUUUCAACCCUGUCUCUUACCUUGGUGACCUGAAUUUUGGGUUCCUCCAGUUAUCUCCUGCUGCUCCUCUUUGUUGUUCCAAUGGUUUUGUAUGCUUUGAAAAUGUCCCAAGGAGCUGGGUGAGGAACCAUGUCCCUUUCCCACAAGCCCCUGGGGCUGGGGCCCUCGGUUAAUGAGUGACCGGGGCAGAAGAGAUCAGCUAUCCCCCUUGGGGCUUCCUCCACUCAGAGAAAUCCACCGUCUUUGCCCCGCAGCAUCUCAGGCUUGAGCCGCCAUGAAGCUCUUUGCCAUAACGCUGGCCUUGGCCGUCUUUAUAGGCUCCUGCGAUUCUGACCUCAGUGCUGAACCGGUUUCCAAGUUGGAGCAAUUAAUGAGGAACAUUCAGGAAUACGUUUCAGACAUCAGCGGAGACAUUGAAGAGCUGGCGGCCGUGGUCGGCGAAUCGGAUCUUGCCCAGGAGAUGAAAGACUACACUGCAGAGAACUAUUCAAACAUAAGUCGGCGUCUUCAGAAGAUAGAGGCCGAUUUGCCCAGCGAGGUCAAACGAACCCUUCAGCUGGUUUUCAGUAUCCCUCCAAGAGUUGCAAUUGAGGUGUUUUCCGGCUUUUCAAAACUCACUGAUAGGCUGAAGUUUGCCUUGGAAGAGGUCUAUGAGACGCUGGAACCUGUCGUGAGCCCCUACGCCAAACCAGUGGUGGGUCAAGUGAGAACAUACGCUGAUGCUCUCCGUACCGGAAUAAAGGAAUUAAACAAAAACCAGAAGGACAAACUGAAACUGCAAGUGGAAGAGAUGGGCCCUUACGUCAAGAACGUUCAGAACCAGGUGCGGGAAUUUCAGGUAGCCUUGCAACCCAUGACGGAUAAGGUGCAGGAGAGGUUCAAAGAAAACAUGGAGAGCGCUACCAACUCCCUAAAGCCUUACAUGGGGCCAGUUCUGGAAAAACUUGGAGAAUACCAUCCGCACUUCAAGAACUGGGUCAUGAACCUUAUUUCUCCAUUAUUUACCUAGAACAGAACCCAGCCAACCUCUUUACAUCGGCAUCCAAGGACGUGGGGGCUUGAUAUGUUGUCUCUACAAUUCCUGAGGGGGGAGAGUUAGAGCACAUCUGUAAACCUUCCUGAGAUCGUGUAAUAAAAAGAUGCCCCCAACAAUGAGU